CCACAGAUCGGCAAUCCCACAUAUACUAUCGUGACGCCACACGACCAUAUACUCUUUCUUUUCGCUGGAAUCAGCGUGUUGAACAUGUCGCAUACAACCGAACGGAGAAACGAUGACCAGUGGCCAGGAGAUUCCAAAAAUGGUCCAAGUGAAAGUGAGCAGCCGACUUAUGAUGGACCACCCGGAAUGGAUCCGGAUGGCAUCAUUGAAUCCAAUUGGGAUGUCGUUGUUGAAAACUUCGACGAAAUGAAUCUGAAAGAGGAACUUUUACGUGGAAUUUAUGCUUACGGUUUUGAAAAACCAUCUGCAAUUCAACAGCGUGCCAUCCUACCUUGCAUAAGGGGGCUUGAUGUAAUUGCUCAGGCGCAAUCAGGCACUGGAAAAACUGCAACAUUUUCAAUAUCAAUUCUUCAACAAAUCGACACUAGUAUUAAAGAGUGCCAGGCCUUGAUUCUUGCACCAACCCGAGAAUUAGCCCAACAAAUCCAAAAAGUUGUUAUCGCUUUAGGGGAUUUUAUGCAUGCGGAAUGUCAUGCAUGCAUCGGUGGCACCAAUGUACGUGAAGAUAUGCGAAAACUGGAUCAGGGAGUUCACGUGGUUGUCGGUACUCCUGGAAGAGUUUAUGAUAUGAUAAGUCGACGAGCUCUUCGAGCCAGUAGCAUUAAACUGUUCGUGUUAGACGAAGCCGACGAAAUGCUUUCAAGAGGCUUUAAGGAUCAGAUACAUGAUGUUUUCAAAUUAUUACCCAAUGAAGUACAGGUUAUAUUAUUGUCUGCGACAAUGCCAUCUGACGUUUUAGAUGUGUCAAAGUGUUUUAUGCGAAAUCCUAUUCGUAUUUUGGUUAAAAAAGAAGAACUCACGUUAGAGGGUAUUAAGCAAUUUUUUGUUUAUGUUGAACGCGAGGAUUGGAAGCUGGAAACCCUCUGCGACUUGUACGACACACUGAGCAUUACGCAAGCCGUAAUUUUCUGCAACACGCGGCGUAAAGUCGACUGGUUAACAGAAAGUAUGCAUAAACGUGACUUUACUGUUUCGGCUAUGCAUGGAGAUAUGGAACAAAAAGAACGUGAUCUUAUUAUGAGACAGUUCCGAACUGGAUCGUCGCGAGUUUUAAUUACUACUGAUCUUUUGGCGCGUGGUAUUGAUGUGCAACAAGUUUCUCUCGUAAUUAAUUAUGAUUUACCUUCAAACCGAGAAAAUUACAUUCACAGAAUUGGACGUGGUGGUCGAUUUGGUCGCAAAGGUGUGGCCAUUAAUUUUGUAACUGAAGAGGACAAAAGAACUUUAAAAGAUAUUGAACAGUUCUACAAUACACAUAUUGAUGAGAUGCCAAUGAAUGUCGCCGAUUUGAUUUAAAUCCGACUAUUGGCUAUAAAACAUUAUACUAAACAAAAUAAUAAAAAGAAGUUUUCGACGGUCCAGAAGUGGGCAACAUAUUUUUGGAAAUAAAGACCGAUUUCCUCAUUCAAAAUCGAAGUUUUGAAUAAAUCGAUUACCUCUCUAAACUCCUACUUUUUGUAGGCUUUAAUGUACACAUAUACUUUUUUCUUUCUCUUCUCUUUUUUUAUACUUUUACAUUAGUCUUAUUGGUAAUAAGAGAUGAUUGGAUCUUAUAAUAUUGUUUUAUCUUUGUCAAAAAAAAAAAAUAUUUUGCAAGUAUUCUUUAUUGCAUAUUCAUCAGUUUUUGUGCAUUUCUCUCGAUGCUGGAUAUUAAAUUGAGAUGUUACAUUGUGAGAACUUUUGUAUUGUAUCUUUACAAAAUGAUUAAAAAUAUUGCGAUAUAUAAUAUUCUAUUGUCGUCAUUAAUCGUAAACUUGCAAAAGUAGUAGUAGUAGUUUUCGAAAAUUUGAGCAAAUUAAUCAUAAAAGUGUUUCUCAAAUUUCUAAACUAGGUUUUCAAUGCUAUUAACACAAGUUCCUUUUCUUAAAGGUUUUUUUUUUUUUUUUUUUUUAAGAUGUGCUACUUCAAAAUUCUCGAAUUUCCGAAAACUAAGAUAUUAAAAAAAUGGCUAGAACUUUUGUAAAUAUAUAAAAAUGGACCAUGAAAAAUGGACCAUUGUCUAUUAUAUAUUUGUAUAUCAUAUAAAAAUUAAUAUGGAAGUGAACAUAUAUAAGCAGAAUAUAUACACAAAUAAAUGUGAAUGUCCUUUAUACUCUUGUAUUGUCAAUAUUAAGUAAAUUUAUAUAUAGAGCGAG